AACAAGCCCUCCCACCAGAAAUGCGUAAGCAAAAUCCUGGCGGGAGUUGACCUGACUGAAGAUUCUAUUGCUACAUUGCUAUCUUGACAUGAACAUUAACAUCACACAGGGCAUGUCAGUGCCUUAUUAUAGUCAUAUUAACAACUUUUAUUUCCAUUAAUUGGAUGCACACUAUAUGGAAAACGUUUACAUAGCUGCGGUAUAAGGAUUACAGAGCCGAGAAAAUGUCCAACAUGGAUGUAAUUUACCAGAAGGUUCACUUCAGGCAUGACCCACGCUGGUCCGCAAUUACCGGACCCAGUGCUGAUGAUGUGGUGCUGUGUGUUGCCUGUGUCAUUGAGAUGAUGGAGAGCAAAGAUGUUUCGUGUGUACGAAAGUCAGUGGCAUUGGCUGGAGUUGGUGGAGUUCUAAAGCGAUCCCCUGGAGCCAUCAAAGAGUUGCUCUCCCAGGAUACCAGAGUCUGUCUACACUUCAUUGCCUCUUUACUGGGGAUGCUUCGCUCUUCUGAAGACUCAGCCACUUUGGAACAGGGUAUACAAGUUCUAGUUCAUCUGCUUUUGGAGCUGCAGAGCGAGCAAUUUGUACAGGACGUACUGAAUGACAUCCACACACAGCUUAGUCAGCAGGCGAGUGUGAGAGGCUUCUUACCCAUCUUCACAUUCCUGGGGAAGCUGGUGGAUGCACUUCCUGCUCUGCCCCAGACUUUAGCCUGCCAUCACGUGUCUUUGUUGGAGUGGUUGAGUGUGGGGCUGCAGUACCCUGAUGAGGUGCUGAAGGCCUCCGUGUGCUACAUCUUGCGGAGGGUGUGGGAGGUCCCUGCCGCCACCCAGUCCCUGCCGACCCCUCUUAGAGACAGCAUGGCCCGCGCCGUCCUGCACACCCUCCACCACGCCUCCACACCUCAGCUCACCAUCAACUGCCUGGGCCUGUUGAAGCAGAUGCUGCAGCUGGGUGAGGUGGUGUCGGUGCUGAUGAACUGCAGGACUGAGCUGGUCCCUGACGAGGGCAGUGCGGACUGGCCCUCCUCACAGUACUGCUCUUUACCUCUCGUCCUCAAGAAGUUGCUGUUGAGUGGAGAUGAGCUGCUGCAAGUGGCUAGUGCUCGCUGCAUGGCUGCUGUGCUGGUUCACUCCCCCAGUCAGUACUGCCCACAGUUCAUCCAGGCAGACUUACCUGAGUUCCUGUUUGAGCGCUUGAGCAGCAGCAGCAGCGAGGCUAUGCUGUGGUCGACUUAUGGUUGCCUGCUCUUACUGGCUGAGGAGUCACUGUUCUUUUCCCAGUGUCAUACAGUCUAUGGUAUUGAGCCUCUGGUGCGCAGCUUGAAGGAUGUCUUGAAGUUGACAAACCUAGAAGUGCAGAAACAAGGACUCCAACUCCUCACUGUCAUCUUGGAUAGGCAGCCUGCAGCAGUGCGUCUCUUUCCCACCAGCAUGGGCUUUGUGGGUGUGGCGGAGGUGGUGCUGUCGGGCGUGUCCUCCCCCUGCCUGCGGGUGGCCACACAUGCAGCACGGGCCGCCACUGCCCUCCUCAGGCUACAGCACCAGUCGAGCCCUGUGCAGUAUAAAGAGCUGAAGAAGAUAGUUGGGGCGAUCAUCACUAGGUGCACUGAGUUACCCGUGCCCAUUACUACACAUCAGAGCACCACAGGGGUCCCUGGUCCCAAACCCACCAACCAGGCCUCAAAGGCAGGGAGCUUCCUCCUCCAAGCCCUGGUCUGCUUCCAGGAAUCCUGCAGGCUUGCAGAGCAGUGUUCCUCUGAGCCCAGCCUGAAAGAGAACGCUUUCACAGCCCCCAACCAGCAGAGGAAGGACUCUCUGGAGGCCCUCUGUCUCAGCCUGCUGCGCAGCUGUGAUACCGUCCUCAUCCCUACUGUCACUAGGCUGUGUGAGCAGGCCCCCAGUAGCCAGGUGCUGCAGCACUUCUUCUCCAUCCUCUCCUACCAGUUCACUCUGCUGCCCUCCCUCAUGCCGCUCUUUGCCCUCAAACUGGCUUCAUCUGGUUUCAUUAGACUGGUAUUGGAGCACAAGGCAGCUUUGUGCUCAGGAAACAGGAAUUCAGGUCUGAAUGCUGCCUGCUGUGACUUACUGCUAAAACUCUGUAAAUGUCUCCUCUCUCAACCAGCCAGUUCACAUCAGCAGGAUGUAGAGGAGCAGUUGGGGCUGCUGGAGGCCUCUCUGCUGUCGCUGUGCAGCCGCCUGGCGGAAUGGCCAUCCCUGCUGAUGGACGCCUCGGGGACCCCCAGAGCCACCCAGCACUGUCUCAUCAGCCUGCUGCAUGUUGCCCAGCUGCACGGGGACAGGUACGCACGAGCACACGGGGAACACACGCGCACUCAUACGGAUACAUAUACACUGACAGGAUACCUGGCCCUUGCACGGCCGUUCCUCAUCCCCCCUCCUGUGUCCACUCUAGUCGUUCGCCUUGUUUCCUCCUGGCCCGGGGAUCUUCCCUGGUGUGGGAAACUUGCCGGUUCUGAUGUGACGCUUGUGGUCAGCGGUGAUGAGCGGCUGGCGGAGAGAGCCCUGUCUGAGCUGCGGUGCCUCCUGCAGGCCAGAGGGGGCAGUGACGGGGCGCUGCCAACGCUGCUUAGGCCCGCGCUUCUGCAGCUGCUCCAGAGGCUGGCCUGCCACAGCACCGGCAGCAGCCAGGGGCCCGGACCCUCGGCUCCCUCUGCUCUGCCUCUCAUCCUGCAGCUGUUGUGUCUGAUGCAGACAGCGCCGUCGGCGGCCAGUGAGAUGGACGGCACCGACUUCAAACUGCUCUUCCACGUGAGUAACCUUGCAGGGAAGCUGAAGGCAAACAACAAGGAAACUCUCCUACCAGCUCUUAACUACCUGUAUUGUUGCCUUGCUCUCUCUCCCCCUCACUGUAGUGACAGAGCUGUGUCCAUGUUGCUGUGUAACACUGGGCUGAUGGAGCAGAUACAGGCAUUGCUGGACCUCUCCUCCUCAUCCUCCUCUUCUUCCUUCUCUUCUCCUCCGUCCAGUCUGCUCAGCUGCGCUCGUCUGCUGCUGUCCUCCCUCAUCAUCCUCCAGCACACACAUUCUGCUCAGGUGCACAUGUGUGUCCGAGUGGAUCUGGGUGCCAUGGUGCAGCUCCUGAGCUGCGGGAAGAGACAUGCAGACAACCUCUCUCUGGCCUGUUUGGUGCGGCUGCUGCAGGCAAUGCUGGAUGUGGAGCUGGCCUCUCCCCUGCUGCAGCUGGAGGAGGGGGCCGUCGGGGUGAGACAGCGCCCCCUACAGCCUGUCGACAGUGCCCUGCACCCGCUGGGCUCCCACGGGGCCCACGCUCUCGUCGCCGCCCUCCACGGCCUCCUGCUGCAGAAGCAGGAGGGACUGCUCAGUGUGUCUGUGAACUGUCUAAGGUCACUAAUGGGUUUCCUGCAUAAGAGAUGCCCCUCCACAGCACUGCAUGUGGCCUCUCAGCCCUGGGGACGCUUCCUGCUCUACUCGCUGCUGAACUCGGGGGAGAGUCUGCUGCAGCACCCAGCCAUACUGGCCCUGCUCACACUGCUGCUCCAGGCUGGUAGCGGGGUGGUGCAGUGGGACCCGGAGCUGGAGCAGGUGCUGAGUGCGGUGGAGAGGACAGGAGUGGACAAGCUCAGGCCCAGUGCUGCUCACACCCUCAAGGAGCUGCUCACACAGGUCCAGCACUCGACCUCACUUACACCCCCGUCUGAGCAGCACACUCUCAGGGCCACCGCUCUGCUUGAGUCACUAGAUCGCCUUCCCAGCCCAGAACCAGCCCAGAACAGCGUUCUACGUCAGGGGGAGCUGUCUUACUGUUCAUUAGAUGUCACAGUAAACACAGGGUGCUACAGGGAGUUGACAAGAAGUACUAAUGUUUAGCUUAUUGUAUUCUCAUUUAUGUAUUUAUGAAUUAAUGACUUUUUUUUUUUUUUCAAUGUCUCUUCCUUAACUACUUUAUCUGAAUAAAACAAAGUUUGGUCACGGA